AGAGCAACACCAUGCUAAAUAUACCAAUGUAAGAUUUCACAGAAUUACAUACCAUUUCUUCAGGUACUGGUUAGGUGAAUUGAUUUUAAAUUGAGGAAAGAAACACUGCAACCUAUUGAUGUUUAAAGAUGCUUAGAUGCAAUAAUGGGAACGUCUCUCCGCUGCAGUCAGCAUCACCAUUUAACCAACUGGUUUUAUCCAAAUUCCUGAGGAUCAAACCAAAAAUCCUGGGGGUUUUUGAAAUAUCAUUAGGUAUGAUGGUGUUCAUCCUAACAAUCUGCAUAGGGCUUUAUUACCUCCUCUGGUUGCCUCUUAUUACAUUUUUUACUGGAGCUGCAACGGUGUCAGCUGCACGUACACUUAACAUGUGUCGGGUCAGAACCUCUCAGUUUCUCAACUGUUUUCUUGCCCUAACAGCUUCUUUAUCCAUCACCUUUCACUAUAUUGAGGCCUUUGGCAUAAGAAGCAUUGUUAUGGUGGUUUGUGACAUCUUGAGCUUCAUCUUCUCUGUGAUUGUUGCCUCAUCUCUCUGUGAGUGCUGCAGGACGAAGUCCAGACAUGUUGAGGUUGGACUGGUGGUUGGCACGGCUGUUCCUAAUGUAACUGUCAACAGUUUUGUUCUGGGCCUUUAUGCACCUCCACCAAACUAUGAAUCGGGCCUAUUUGUGACUCCACAAAACUACAGUACAGCCGCAUCUCUACCACAUUAUAGUCCAGCCUAUUCAGCACCUCCAUCAAACUACAACCCAGAUCACUUUGCACCUCCACCAGACUACAGUACACUCCCAUCUGCACCUCCACCAGACUACAGUACAAUCAUAUCCGCAUCUUCAACAGACUACAUUACGCACCCUUCUACACCUCCUCCAAACUACAGGAUAUAAAGACAGGACAUCCAGAAGACAAACCAGAUCUCAGCCAAAACUGAGUCUGACCCAAAAAAUAUAUGUCCACAUGAAUGUAUUUUCUAUUUGUGUAGUGUGUGUGAUAUCAUUAUUCUCCAGCAGAGGACACAAAUGAGCGGAGAAAACAACCCAGUCAAUCUUCACACACUUUAAUUUGUGGUGUAAUGUUGCUAUUCUAGCUGUUAUAUGAACAUAAUAGGCUGGGAUGCCCCCUUGUGGUUCAUAAUGAAACUUGUAUUACUUGAUUUAAGCCAAGAAACAUGGAUACAUAUAUAUGCUAAAUUCAGGUACAUCACCACUUGUGAAACAGUUUCAACGUAAAAGGGUGGCCCGUACCUGAAUUCAGGUUUGGCAGGCAUUCUCAGCAUACUUGCUUUGUGAAGGAGGAGUCUUACGCUAAAUCAUUUCAUGCAACACUAGAUGAACCAAACGAAAAUGAAAGAGCAAUGAGACGAGAGCAACACCAUGCUAAAUAUAAGAUUUCACAGAAUUAAAUACCAUUUCUUCAGGUACUGGUAAUGUAAAUGGAUUUUAAAUUGAGGAAAGAAACACAUUGUAAGUAUUCAGUACAUAUAUAGUACAUAUACUAUCUCAUUGUUUGUGCAUUAUAUCUAAGAAUAUAAUGCAGUAGGCCUAUGUACCUGUAAGCUUUCUUUUUACUUAGUUUUACUUUGAAUAAACAAGUCUGUCAAAUAUA